CGGCAACAAUGGCUGCUUACGCGGGAAAAAGUGUUAAGAGGAGUCGUGCCGGGAGUCCUCGCCAGUUGGUGGUGGUCCGUGACAUACCUGGUGGCUGUAAUAACCUCUUUUAUCGACUGUUGGAAGACUACUGUGAGCACUCGUGAUUUUUAGAAUGUCAGAGUCUCUGCAGAAGACAGGAGGGACAUCCAGCCCGAAGAGCUCGCCCUCUAAGAAGGAAAUUGAUGCUGCAACUGCUGCAUUGAAUCAUUUUGCUCAAGGAAAAAGACACUUGGUUGUUGGUGAUAUUCCAUCUGCAGUAAAUUCUCUACAGGAGGCUUGUCGGUUCCUUGCGGAAAAGUACGGAGAGACUGCCCCAGAAUGUGGAGAUGCUUAUUUCCACUAUGGUAGAGCCCUGCUAGAGCUUGCGCGUAUAGAGAGUGGAGUUUUGGGAAAUGCCUUAGAUGGAGUACCUGAUGAAGAGGACAUGGAUAAUUCCCAGGUGGAGAGUUCAGAGAAGGCAACAGAGGAAGAGUGGGUAAAGGUUUCUAAAGACGUUGGUGGAGCUUUGGAAGAAAACUACAGUAAGUUGGAGGAAAAGAGGAUUGUUAAAGAAAUGGUGAAAAAGGAAGUUGGGGAGGGAAAGGUGAAAGAGUCUGGUAAGGAAGGUUCUGUUGAUCCUGAGGAUGAAAAAAAGGAAAAUGCAGAACAAAAGGAGAUAGAUUUGAAGGGUAACAAGGAUGGUAAGGAGAAACUCAAAACGGAAGACGAGGACCAGGAAUCGAAAAUGGAAACGGAGGACGUAAAAGAUGGUGGUGUAAAUGGGAAACUCACCGAAGAUGGAAAGUUAAAAAAGGAUCAGCAAAAUGAAAACGGCAAAGAGGAGCCAACCAAAAAUAAUAAAGAAGGAAGCACUGAGGAUGAAGAGGAAGAGGAAGAUGAUGACGACGACGACGAUGAGGAGGAGGAGGAAGGGGAUGGUGAAUCACAGGAAGGUGAAUCUCAAGAUGAAGAGGGUAAUAAAGAUGAAGCCAAGAGUCAGGAAGAAGGUGAAGGAGAGAAGACUGAAGAGGAGGAAGAAGAGGUGUCCAACUUGCAGCUUUCCUGGGAGAUGUUGGAGCUGGCCAAAGUUAUUUUCCAAAAACAAGAAGAAUCAAAUCCUGAGAUGACAAAGAAGGUAGCUCAGGUGUACUUGAAGUUGGGAGAAGUUGGCUUGGAGAGUGAGAACUAUGUCCAGGGUAUUGAAGACUUCACACAAUGUUUAAAGAUACAAGAAAAAUCUCUUGAGGAGGACAACAGAUGUAUAGCAGAAACUCAUUACCAGUUGGGUGUGGCACAUUCUUUCUCAGAUGAUUUUGACAAGGCUGUUGAAAGCUUUCAGGCAGCCUUGAAGGUAAUUGAACUGAGGAUUGAUAACCUUAAGAAGAAGAAAAAAGAAAAGGAAGGAUGGACAGAAGAGCAAAGAACAAAGGAUGCUGUUGAGAGACCAGAUCCAUUCUACACAGAACAAGGAGAAAUUGAUGAGUUAAAUAAACUUUUACCUGAAAUUAAAGAAAAGGUAAUAGACAUGGAGGAAAUGAAGAAAGAUUCUAAGGAAAAAUUACAGAAAACUGCCAAGUCAUCUUCUGAAGCUGUGGCAGUAUUAAUGGCUCAAGCAAUUGGAGGCAGAACACCAGGGCCUGAUGGUGCUGGAUCAUCACAGACAGGCUUUGGAUUUGAUGCCCCUAGUUCAAGUUCUUCAAAAAUGGAAGCAAAACCAAUUGCACAUUUGGUCAGAAAGAAGCAGAGGAAGCCUGAGGAAGAAGCUAAAGUAGAAAUAAAGAAGGCUAAAGUUGAGAAUGGUGAAGCAGUUGCCACAACCAAUGGAACAAAGAGUACAAAUGGACAGCCAGAUAGCAUGGAAACUGAAGAUGAAAAAAAGGAAUCUCCAUCAAAGAGUCGGCCUGUGGAAGAUAUCAAGAAGAAGGCAGCAGAAGAUAUGAAGAAGGCAACAGAUGAAAUAACCAAGGAACAGCCCCAAUCAGCAUCUUAAAUAAAUUCAUACAUAAUCAGACCACUGCCACUUUGUGAAUGAGUUUUGUAGACUUUACUUUUAACCUUUAGAAUCCAUAAGUUGUUUUAAGCAUUUACAUAUUUAUUAAAAAUACUUAAGAA